CAAGACGGCCCAGGAGAGCCCCUAUAUGGCCCAGGAGCCGCCGGCUUCCCAGGGCUCCCUUCGGGCGUCUCUCGGUUCUGUCAGCGCCGCACAUCUGCAGACGGCAUGAUGCGCCGUCGCACGUCUCACAGCGUCGGCGCGCUGCUCCUGCUGCUGGUAGCGCGCGGCGCCCCGAACGCCGGGUCGCCAGCGAGCGGGACGCUGGCCCGCCCGAGGCUGGAGGGCUCGGCGAGCGGUCGCCCUCGCGAGCCGCAGGCCGAGUUCGGCAGGCGCCAGGCUACCACCAGCGCGCAGAUGCUCAAGCUCUUGGCGGGUGAUGGGGUCGCAUUCGACCAGUUCGGUGUCUCGGUGGCCGUGAGCUCCGACGGGGCCCGCGUGGUGGUGGGGGCCGACUACUACUACGCUGACGACCAGGGCAUUGAUUUUGGCUCCGCGUACGUGCUCGACGGUACCACCGGCGAGAGGUUGCUCAAGCUUGUGGCGAGUGAUGGGGCCGCACUCGACCACUUCGGUUACUCGGUGGCCGUGAGCUCCGACGGGGCCCGCGUGGUGGUGGGGGCCAUUGGUGAGGAAGACUCCAGUUCCGGCUCCGCGUACGUGCUCGACGGUACCACCGGCGAGAGGCUGCUCAAGCUUGUGGCGAGUGAUGGGGCCGCAGGCGACUAUUUCGGUGUCUCGGUGGCCGUGAGCUCCGACGGGGCCCGCGUGGUGGUGGGGGCCAACCGAGACGACGACCAGGGCACCGAUUCAGGCUCCGCGUACGUGCUCGACGGUACCACCGGCGAGAGGCUGCUCAAGCUUGUGGCGAGUGAUGGGGCCGCAGGCGACCAGUUCGGUUACUCGGUGGCCGUGAGCUCCGACGGGGCCCGCGUGGUGGUGGGCGCCAUUUUGGACGACGACCAGGCCCCUGAUUCAGGCUCCGCGUACGUGCUCGACGGUACCACCGGCGAGAGGCUGCUCAAGCUUGUGGCGAGUGAUGGGGCCGCAGGCGACCAGUUCGGUUACUCGGUGGCCGUGAGCUCCGACGGGGCCCGCGUGGUGGUGGGGGCCAGAGGUGACGACGACCAGGGCUCCAGUUCCGGCUCCGCGUACGUGUUCGACGGUACCACCGGCGAGAGGUUGCUCAAGCUUGUGGCGAGUGAUGGGGCCGCAGAAGACGAGUUCGGUUACUCGGUGGCCGUGAGCUCCGACGGGGCCCGCGUGGUGGUGGGGGCCAUUUUUGACAACGACCAGGGCACCAGUUCAGGCUCCGCGUACGUGUUCGACUUCACCGAGGCAACAAAUGAGACGACCACCAAGACGGCCACGACGACCACCGAUACGGGCACGCGUUCCGCGGCGUCAAGCACUACUACCAUCAUCAAGACAACCAUCGAGGCAACAAAUGAGUCGACCACCGCGACGACCACCAAGACGGCCACGACGACCACCGACACGGGCACGAGUUCCGCAGCGUCAAGCACUACUACCAUCAUCAAGACAACCACCGAGACAACAGCUGAGACGACCACCGCAACGACCACAUUCACGAAUUUUUUCACGUUUGAGUCAAACACCACAACCACCACCGAGCCAUGGGGAUUAAUUGCAGUCUUCGCUGUUAUCUUGAUCUUGUUCUAGGUCUGCUGCGUCGCGCUUGGCUGCCUGGUGACGCGCAGAUGUCCGGGCCGUGGCAGGAGCCCAACACCCGAGCGCGAGGUUGAGGCCAACGUGUCGGAGCAGGUCGCGGAGAUCGGUGAGCACGAGUCGGAUCACCGUAUUUAGCACGACGCGGAGGUUGAGGCCUUCCUAUAAGUUCCCUCCCUCCUCGCUCCCUGACAAGCCGUAUGCCAUAUCUCAGCCUGUAUCAUCAGGCUACUCUACAGGGCGACACUACGCCAACUCACCUUUGGCUUCGAGAAGCCACGUUUUUUCCCAACCAUCCUGUGGUGUUGGGUCCUCGUUUUGAAGAGACGGUGCCCCGCGUUCCUCUCCUUCCUCCUCCCCCUCCUCCCCCUCCUUGCCUCUGCUCU